AUGGCUGAAAAUGUAACCUACAGCAAGUCGAUAGAUGACACCAACAUGCCCGAUUUUACGGAUCUUUGUCAAGUCUACUUUGAAGCUUUGUCAAGUAUGCCAUGUAGCUUUCGCAGUGUCCGCCAAGUGGACUCAUCGCUGGGCCAUCGGGGUUGGAAGGUAAAGCGCCGAGGAUUGUACAUACUCGGGCGCAACAAUGUUGUGGAAGAGGUGAAUCUGCCCUCCACCUCCAGCCAGGCCUUAUCACUGGCCUCAGAUGACCGAGAGCUGAACAGUUGG